GUCCAUUGCCAUUCUCAAUCAUCAAAACUUUUGUUUGCUUACCAAGUUUCUCUUUGAUAACAAUACUCUCUUUGAAAACUUCAACAAAACAAUCAACAUGAACAACACCGAGAGCGCCAGCUACAAGGCCGGUGAGGCUAAGGGCCAGGCUCAGGAAAAGGGCAGUCAAAUGAUGGACAAAGCCGGAAAUGCUGCCCAAUCUGUUAAGGAAAGCGUCCAAGAGGCCGGUAGCCAAGCCAAGGCCAAGGCACAAGGUGCAUGUGAAGCAGUCAAGGAUGCUGUUAACAACAAAUAAAUAUCAUCAAUGGCUGCUACUAUUGAUUGAAUACCUAUGAAACAUGUUAUGUAUUUUUCCCUUUUUUCUUUCUUUCUUUUCUUUCCUAUUGUUGCCUUGUCUCAUGAAUAGAGACAAAGAGCGGACCUUAUGAAUAAAUGAAUUAACUAUUUACCCUA